GCUUUUGCAAAGUCUUCCCUGGGAGCUUGCCGCUCUUGACCUUGCUACUCCCGGUGCGUUGUGAAUCGCAUUUGUUGGCUCUGCGUGGAUUUUUGGGCCGACAAGGCAGGACUGUGGCCAUGACCAUCCAGGGGUCCAUGACCAUCCAGGGGAUCAAGAGGGUUCAUCCUCAGACAUGGCAAUUUUCCGAAGACUUCGCCGGCGAGAGGGGACCACACAUGGGGCGGUGUGUUUUGGACCAAAAAGAGUAUCCAGGUGUCAUGGGUCUCAGCGCUGCCACUGCAGCCAUGGGAAAAUCCAGUUCGAAGUGGAGAGCGCCACUGUCAGAUGCAGAAGUUGCUGGUUUGGCCGAUGGAAUGUCGCUGGCAGGUGCUCCAUUGCAACCGCCCAAGUUGCUCCAGAUGGGUUGGAAAGAGGGGCAGGUCUUUACCGCCUUAGAUGACCCAGAUCGUACGGAACUGCCGUGGCAAGGUCCCAGCUUUCUGGAACGGAAGGAUCCCAAGCUGCAGCGUGGCAAGACGCAAUGGGAAGAGCUGGUGGUCCCCGGUGGGCCUGGUAGAUUUGCAGGUGUGGUGACUGGGGUCUUUGAUGAGGAUGAUUGUGCAGAACUCAUCGAGUGCAUCAACCAGAAAGGCUUCACCCCUGCUUUGUUGAACAUUGGUCAUGGCCGCCAGAUGCUCGAUCUAAAGGCCCGUGAUGGGCACCGGGCCAUUGUGGAUAGCCCUGAGCUCAGUGGAUAUCUUCUGGAGGUCUUGCGUCCUUACCUGCCCGAGACCUUUCAACGUGGCACAUUGAUCGACCUCAACGAGCGCUGUCGGGUACUGUGCUACACGCCCGGCCAGGAGUUCCCGGCCCACUACGAUGGCACCUUCCGGCGGCCCCGGCCGGACCCCCGCGCCGGGGAUCGCUCCAUGAUCACGGUGCAGGUCUAUCUUCACGACGUGCCGGAAGGAAGUGGCGGUGGUACCACCUUCAUGAAAGACUCAGAGGAGGUGGUUUGCUGUUGUCAGCCCCGGGCGGGAAGUGUGUUAAUCUUUUCACAGAACUUGCUUCAUGAAGGUUCGCUGCUGAAGAGCGGCUUGAAGUACACCCUGCGAACUGAGGCAGCAGGUUCCAGCAGCGCUGCUUUGGGAGCUUUGCAGGUCGAUGCGCUACUUUCCGGGGUUUACAUUCGGAGCCUGGACUAUGCAGUGGCUCCCUUGAUCACGUCGGAGGCUGCUCCAGUUACGCCUGAGGAGGCAGGAGCUACGAAACUGUUGCUGUUAGAAUCCCUCUACGACUUGUUCCAACCAUCUUUGGUUCAAGCUGUUUGGUUUUCCUUCGAUGGAGACUGGCGUCGACCGCCUUUAUUGGAACAGGUGGCCGGUAAAGCCGUGGAGCUGGUGACCAAAAGGCCACCCAGCAGUGAACGGCCGCUGCCGGCCCAUUUGAUGCAACUCUGUUCUGCGGUUUUGACCCGCAUCGUCAGUGCCUUCGUGGACGUCAGUGCUGAAGGCACUGCCAAGGGAUCACACAUGCUGAGGUGGCAGCUGCGUUCAGAUCUUCGCGAGCUGAUGACGAAGAUUGAGGAAAGCCCAAAGAAGGCGCGUGGCGCCUUUGAGAAAUCUUCCUUGUUGGAGGUGGUACCAUUACCCCCAGGUUCCUCCUGUGAAGCCAGCGAAGAGUGGGUCUUCAAACUGAUUUGGCUCUUCCGCACAGUUCACUUCCUGGUGCCCUACAGCGCUGUGGGCGAGUUCUUCGGUCAGCCCAAGGAGGACAGUGAAAAGGCCGUGACGACUUUUGACCGCGGGCUCGAUAUCACUGCUGCUCCGUGGCGAGCCGCGCUGCGAUUCUCCGGCGGCGAACGGCUAGGCCUUUUUGCUUCCGAAGGAAGCACAGCAAAUCGACCGCAUCCUCCGCGUCUUCGCCUGGAGCCAAGUGGCAAAGCCCAUGCCUACUACCACAAACACGUUGAGCAUUGCAGAAGUUCUGGGAAGGAGGCAGUCCACUGGUGCAGUAUCACCUCUGGUAGCAUGACUAAGGGAGCUGGAUAUUUGAAACAUCCAGAUGCUGCCUACACAUUUGCAUUCAGGACCGGGGCGGUGCGGUGCAUCAUGGCUGAGGUGGUCGAGUCCUGGGAAGAUCUGUGCCCCAAGAAGAAGGGCCGCAAAGCCAAGAAACACCAGGAGAAAGAGAAGCCUCCCGUGGUGCACCAAGCCUCCGCCGUGCGCAUCCGCAAGAAGAAGGACACGGCACCCGACGAUCCAACGCCUGCGAUGGACGAUCCAACGCCCAGCCCGGUGGUGAUGCCAGCGCCGCGCUCCGAGGCGCCACAGGCGCCGGUGCCACAACAGACCACCUGGCAGCCCAAUCCCAAUGCGACCCCCUGGGAGAUGUGGCAACAUCCGGUGAAUUCCUAUGGGAAUUCCUAUGGGAACAUUGGGAACUAUGAUGCCUUUUCAUACCAGGCAUACACACCCUAUCAGUACCAAUCAUUUCCAUACUACCAGGCCUAUGCGCCACCGGCAGAACCGGCACCAGCGGCACCGGUUUCCAAGUGGGUACCACCUUCGGAUGUGAAUGAUGUGACGGAUGUGAAGAUCUCCCCAACAACGGCGACUCCGGAACCUGAGAAAUCGGACUCCGAGAAGGGCAAGGGCUGUGGCUGCGAGGAUUGGGAAGAGCUCUAUGAUUCAGAGCCAGGCAGUACGGAAGUCCAUUCCGCCGCCUCCUCAAUCCAUUCAUCCCCCGCAGGACCCAUGCCACAAGUCAAGCCAUGCGUGGCACCGCCAUGGUUGUUGUGUACCAGCACACGGCGUCGUGCGCAGCAGAAGCAGACCUGA